AUGCUGCUUCUGCUACUCCUGCUGGCAUCAACUGGCAACUGCCAGGUCCAACAUGUGUCGGGUUACAAAAAAAAUGGCUCAUGUGCGUGUGAGGUGAACACCACCGCGUGGUUGUUCCCUGCUAAAACGUAUGAAGCCACACUUCAACAUAUUGAAACCUGUGAGGAUUCCCUUAAAAGGCUACAAGAACAGGUUCAUCUGUCAAAGCAGCGUCUUCCUGACAUCUAUGCAGUGGUCGACAAUAUAACACGACGACUGGAGCCUUUCCAGUACCUACAUUAUAGGGGCGUCUAUUCUGCCUUAGCUCUUCGUCAGUUAGGUGAAGAGCUCAGCAAGCUGGAGACAAACAUUGACAGUCUGUCUUUUCAAGGGAACAACGAUGAAACAACAAAACUCUCAAAAGAGGUCCAAAAACUGAAAAGUGAUGUUGAAAGAAUGCAACGGGCAAACACAGGCAAUAUGAAAAGUGUUAGAGAGAGACUCCGCUACCUGAAAAACAGUGUCGAGUCAUGCCUGUCGAUCCCCAGAGACUUCAAAGGUCAGCAAAUGUAUUGCCUCAAGGGUCUAAUCACCAACGUCAGUGCACCGGUCACAACAAAAAUCAGUCCAUUUGGUAAAAACUAUAUCUCUGGCUCAUGGGGACAACAAGCUAUGAUGGACAGUGACGGUCUAGAAUACAGAUUCUGGAUUCAGCCUUUGCUCCACGGCCACACCUCAGGCAAUAGUCUUCGAGUUUACCAAUCUUAUGCAGAUUUUAUGGCUUCUGCUAACCACAAAGAUUUUAUUAUAGUUCCAUCCCACGUCCACGCUAAUUCUGUAGAAGGCCCUAGUGCUGUCCUGUAUGGAAAAGGUCUGUAUUAUCACUGUUACGGCUCUGCAGAUGUUUGUCGCUAUGAUCUUGACAACAAGGCUGUCGCAAGAGUCACACUUCCCGGAAUCGGAAAGGAAUACAGAAAGUUCCCUUACUGUUACUUUGAGUGCCGGGCCAAUAGUGAUGUGGACGUGGAGGUAGAUGAGACGGGGCUAUGGGCCAUAUAUGCCACAGUAGGUAGCCACGGUAAUAUAGUGGUAAGUAGAUUGUCUUGGGACGAUGAAACCGAAACACUCAAUGUCACACGGACAUGGGAAACGAGGCUGUUUAAGAAGGCAACAACCAAUGCGUUCAUGGUUUGUGGUGUGUUGUAUGCAACUCGCUUUUUGGAUGAUUACAAUGAAGAGGUGUUCUAUGCCUUUGAUACAGAAACAGGCAGAGAGGACAACACGCUUACGGUGCGGCUGCAGAAGAUUGGAAAAGGAGUUGCCAGUCUGGGUUACAAUCCAGUUAACAGGCAGCUCUACAUGUACAACGAUGGGUAUCUUCUAGCUUACAAAACCCACUUCUGA